AGCCUAAUUGGUCACAUUGAGAAUCUUGUACACGUGAGUUGCUGUAGUUUCAUGAUACUUCACAGCUGACAGUGACAGAUCCUCAACAUGAAAGUUCUUCGAUGGGGUAUUUGCACGGCAGGAAAAAUCUCCCAAGAUUUUUCCAAUGCAAUUUGUGACCUGAAGAACCAUAAAAUUCAGGCUAUCGCUUCACGAUCUUUGGAGAAGGCACAGGAAUUAGCAGGAAAAGUUGGAGCCGAAACGACGUACGCAAGUUACGAGUCUCUCGCCGCUGACCCAAAUGUCGACAUUGUGUACAUUGGGACCGUUAACAUUGCCCACUUUCCUCUGUGUAAACUGUUCUUGGAAGCCAAGAAACAUGUCCUGUGUGAAAAGCCUCUUGGAGUACAUGCUAAAGAAGUAGGUCAAAUGAUUGACCUCGCGAGGAAGAGUGGUGUAUUCUUCAUGGAGGGUAUAUGGAGUCGGUUCUUCCCUGCGUAUGAUAAGGUCAGGUCCCUCUUAUCUAACGGAGAGAUUGGAGAUGUGAAGUUUAUUACAGGAGAUUUCUGCUACGAUGGAUUCAGCAUUGGAUCUUCCCAUGAUAAGAGCCUAGGUGAAGGAGCUGUGUAUGAUAUUGGGGUCUAUCUGGUCCAGCUAGCUACCAUGGUGUUUGGUCCAAACCCUAUCUUGGUACAGGGGGUCGGAGGCUUGACCCAGACUGGUGUUGAUGAGAUUUGCAGUAUCACCUUGAAGUACCCAAACCACAAGAUAGCCAGCAUGGUGACCUGUAUUGCAGCUAACAGCAAUAAUGUGGCCAGCAUUGUCGGCACCAAGGGAAGAAUUAAUUUAUUAGAUAGCUUCCAGGCUCUUAGUAAGCUGGAGUUAGUACGAGGUUUUCCUGUUCCGGGCAUGUUUGAGAAAGAAGUGUUUGAGUUUCCUCAUCCUUGCUCUGAUCGACCCUUCAAUUAUCCUGGCUCUGUCGGGUUCCAGUACCAAGCUCAAGCGGUCAAGCAGGCCAUAGAUGAAGGUAAGACAGAGCAUCCCCUCAUGCCAUGGUCCGAAACCUUAGCCAUCCAUAAGAUCAUGGAUAAACUGAGACACGAUGUGGGAUAUUACCGACCAGAUGAAGAGACAGAAAAGGAGAAAUCAUUGUUAAACUAGGCCUACCUGUUGGGAGGAGGUUGAGGUAUGGUAAAGGGUGGGAAAAAAUGUGCAAGUUCGGGCAUUCUUUGCAUUAAAGAGAAAUAUUGGAAACGUUUUUCAUUAUUUAGCUGCAAAAUUUAUGAUCAUGACUUUUCCUUGUGGGGCGGUUCUUGUGGAGGCGUAGACUUUCAGAAAUUAUGGUAUGAACAAAAACGUUGGCUAUAAAGCCUGCCUCACAACUACAUAUAUUUUCUUGAAGUUUGAUUAUUUAGGUAAACAUUGUUCUGAUAUACGACCUGGCAAACUGAAAUAUUUUGACAAUAAAAAAACAAAAAAAAAAUUGGCAAUAUUUCAAUCAAAGAGAAAGUCUUGCAAUAUAUGUACAUCAAUGUUGGUAUACUUUAGCUCUUCAAAUAGAUUGAUUCAUUCUAUAUAGAUUAUAAAGGGUUUUGAAGUAAUUUUUCAAACUGAAAAUUAUAUUAAAUCCAAGCAGGGAAACAGCAUUCUAAACAACAGAGGAAUCAAUAACUCUGAAUUCUCCACUUCUUAAUACGAACGUGGCAAUUCAACAGUACAGUGAAAGUCAAAAGACAUUAAAUUUUCCUGAAAUAUCAUCCCAACUUUAAAAAAAAAACCUUGAACUUUCUUGAUAUUCUGAUUAUAAUGAUUAUUUGUACACACUUUUAUGAUUUUAAAUAUAUCCUGUAUUUUUGCUCUGUAAAAUUUUUCACAAUCUGGCCAUUGGCAGUGAAGAUAUUUUAAUAAUAAACAAAUUCUAAUCAUG